UAAUAACAAUACGGUAUUUUAUCGUUUGUAAACUGAAACCUUCUUAAGUAUGUUGUAAUGUUUUUAUUUUGUGUAGUGGAGUGCAUUGAACUCAGAGGGACGCUGUUGGUCAGUGUGUUGCUGUUUCAGAGCAGAUUUACAGCAGUACCUCCCCCAUCAUCUCGAUAUAUUAGAGAGAGAAAGACGCGCACAGAGCGCACAGUCCAGGUUACACAGAACACUAACACGCUGAUUCAGGGCUACGAUUCUUUUGUUCUACCGUGGUGGAUUUUGGGACCAUUUUUUUUUUACGUUUUGCACUGGAAACCAAUGGAAUAUUACAGACUUCUUUACGGAUUAAAACGUUUGUGUUGUUUGAUAUCAUAGAGAAAAUGUCGGACAGAACAAUGACACGGCAAGUACUGUUGUUUAUCUCGGUCCUCUCUCUCAGUUCAGUGCACGGGCAGGUCAGUUACUCCAUUCCGGAGGAAAUGGCGAAAGGCUCUUUAGUCGGUAACAUAGCGCAUGAUUUGGGUUUAGAUAUCAAAAGACUGAAAUCAGGUAAAGCUCGUAUUUAUACUGGAGACAGCGCAGAAUACAUCGAGCUGAAUAAAGAAAGGGGAGUUCUCCUAAUCAAAGAGAGAAUAGACCGUGAAGCGCUCUGCGGACAGACUACGCCUUGCGCACUGGAUUUUCAGAUUUCUCUUGAAAACCCGAUGGAAUUGUACCCGGUAACUGUUGAGAUCACAGAUAUAAACGAUAAUGCUCCCAGUUUUAAAAAGGCUGAGAGAAGAGUGGAAAUCAGUGAGUCGGCGGUGAUUGGCUCUAAAUUCGUGUUAGAGAAAGCAGUGGAUGCAGACAUAGGUUUAAACGGUCUCCAAACCUACUCGCUUAAACCCACAGACAAUUUUAUUCUGAAAUUACAUACUCAGGCCGACGGAAGUAAAAAGGUAGAGAUGGUUUUACAGAAACCUUUAGAUAGAGAGAAACAGGAGCAUAUUUCGUUGCUGUUAACUGCUUUGGAUGGAGGCAAACCUCAAAUGGCUGGGACAAUGCAGAUACACGUAACCGUGUUAGAUGCAAACGACAAUGCGCCGGUUUUUACCAAAACAGUUUAUACUGCAACAAUAACAGAGAAUUCACAAAAAGGAACGGUUGUCACGACAGUUAGUGCUUCUGACGCAGACAAAGGCACAAAUGGUGAAGUGUCGUAUCUAAUUUCGAAUGGUAUGGACAGCGGUUCAGAAUUAUUUCAUAUAAACGCAGAUGGGGAUUUGAUAUUAGAUGGCCCAAUUGAUUAUGAAAAAGCCAGAAAUUAUCAGAUUGAUAUAGAAGCAAUAGACAAUGGAGGCCUUUCAGACUCAAGUAAAAUAAUAAUUGAUGUUAGUGACGUGAAUGACAAUAGUCCUGUUAUCAAUUUGAUUUCCAAAUCAAGUUCAAUACCAGAGGAUUCCCGUCCGAACACAGUGAUAGCUAUGAUGAGCGUGAACGACCCUGAUUCAGAAAGUAAUGGUAAAGUUCAUUGUGGCAUAAAUGCGAACGUCCCAUUCACUAUUAAAUCAACAUCUAACACAUUUUACAGUCUAGUAACGGAUAGUGACUUGGACCGAGAGAGAGACUCUGAGUACAACAUCAGUGUGACGUGCUCUGAUGAGGGCGUGCCCUCGCUCUCCAGCAGCGUCACUCUCACCUUACAGAUAUCAGAUGUGAAUGACAACGCGCCUGUCUUUGAGAGGAGCUCAUAUGAGGCCUACAUUAUAGAAAACAACACACCGGGCCUCUCUAUAUUCACAGUGAAAGCCAGAGACGCUGACUGGAACCAGAAUGCCCGUGUUUCUUACAUACUGGAGGACUCCUCGGUUAACGGAGUGCCCGUCUCCUCAUAUGUGUCCGUUAGUGCUGAUAGUGGAGUCAUCCAUGCAGUGCGCUCUUUUGACUACGAGCAGAUCAAGGAUUUCCAGUUCCGCGUAAAAGCGCAGGAUGGAGGCUCCCCUCCUCUCAGUAGCAAUGUGACUGUGAAAAUAAUGAUCCAGGACCAGAACGACAACGCGCCUCAGGUUCUGUACCCAGUCCAGACUAGCAGCUCUCUGGUGGCUGAAAUGGUGCCUCGUUCAGCAGAUGUGGGCUAUCUUGUUACUAAAGUGGUGGCUGUUGAUGUGGACUCUGGACAGAAUGCCUGGCUCUCGUAUAAACUGCAGAAAGCGACAGACAGGGCGCUGUUUGAAGUGGGCUUACAGAAUGGAGAAAUAAGAACUAUACGCCAAGUCAAUGAUAAAGAUGCUGUGAAACAAAGGCUCACUGUUGUAGUGGAGGACAACGGGCAGCCCUCUCGUUCAGCUACAGUCAAUGUUAACGUGGCGGUGGCGGACAGCUUCCCUGAAGUGCUCUCGGAGUUCACUGACUUUACGCACGACAAGGAGUACAAUGACAACCUGACUCUUUACUUAGUCUUGGCUUUGGCUGUAGUCUCAUUUCUGUUCAUCACAUGUUUAGUGGUUAUUAUAUCAGUGAAAAUAUACAGAUGGAGACAGUCUCGCAUCCUCUAUCAUUCCAACCUCCCGGUUAUUCCGUAUUAUCCACCGCGUUACGCAGACACUUUGGGGACAGGAACUCUACAGCACGUGUACAAUUACGAGGUGUGCAGGACGACUGACUCCAGAAAGAGUGACUGUCAGUUCGCCAGACCCUGUAGUCAGAACGUACUGAUAAUGGACCCCAGUUCUACAGGGACGAUGCAGCGGAUGCAGAGUGAACAGAACAUCCUGGAUGAACCAGACUCCCCAAUAGAGGUCUGUUAUAUUUUAAUACUUUUUAUUUUCCCUAAAACUAUAUCUGUCAUAUAUGUCUAAAUGUAGACUAUCGGU